UCAGACGAAUACAGACAUAUUCAUUAUAUUCUAAGGAGAUCACCUCCAGGGAAUGGAUAGUCAGCCUUUGUAUGAAGGUGAUGAAAGAGUCUUUGUUCAGAGGAAGUUGGACCUGAGCACAGUGCCGUUUUUCACCUGUUGAAAGUAGGAAAAGUGGACACAGUUUGAAAGGAAAUACAUGUAAAGUCCAGCUGUGUUGAGGAAAGAACCGAUUGCUCUUCCGAGUAUCUGUUCAUUUUUAAAUGGUCUUUAUGGGGUAUGUAUACCGGUUCUAGUAACAGUGGCUCCAAAUUUUCCUAGAACUUACAAGUCUGGACUGCUAUCUACCAUUUGAAAUGUAAAGUUUCUGCAUGAAUCAUCUUUUCAGUACUCUUGUAUCGUCUGGUCCUUACAUGCUAUUGUAGUUUGUCUUUUUAUCUGAGGUUUUAUAUUACUAGCAUAGCAGCAUGAAAAAAGUCGUACUUUGGUCAGUUUACUUUAAGGGGACCCAACGUGAAAAACAAUUCUGAGUCAGUGUUUGUCCUUUUAUCAAGUGAUUUUGUGACUCACGCAAGUUUGUCAUUGAUUGGGUGAAUAAGAGGGUUUCUUGCUAGAUAGCUGUUGUACCCAGAGUUUUCCCUGACAGCAGGGAAAGACAAGGUUUUCAGACUGUCUAAAAAGGAAGUCCAAAAGGCUGGUUGAAAUUAUUUGCUUGAGAGCAGAGAUACAGCUCAUGGGAAGUUGAGUCUAAAAGAAGAGAAGAGGAAUUUUAUAGCCUGCGGAAAUACAGAAGUCACUGCUCCUGGUGUGCAGUGAGUCAGUUGCAACAGAGGGAAACUUGCACUGACACAGUGAACUGUAAACAGUCCACCAGGUUAAAAACCUCACUUGACUGUCUGAGAGGUGAAACAUCCACGUGCGAACACAAUGCCUCGUGAUGUUUUCCCGCCGCUGAUCCUGCUGCUCUUCUUGUCUACGUUUGGGACAUCUCAAGAAUGCUUUAAGGACCCUAAAUCAGCCUACAGAUUCACCGGAGCUGUCUGCCGCCUCACCUACCCUGCUGCUGUUGUGUUGAAUGAGAAAACCACUAAAGUGAUCGAGGCAGCGUUCCAACAUGCCAGAUACCCGAGUGUGAAGGGAGAGAAGUCACUGAUCUUCAUAGGCAAAGUCACAUAUGGCCUGGCGAAUUUGGAGAUUCACAACCUAACGAUUGGUCGGAGUACAUUUGAGCUGCAUCCAGGUGAAGGCAUCGCCAUGGAGAUAAGCAAUGUGUCUGCAGUCUUCAAAGGGACCAUCCAAUAUGGAUAUGGCAGCUGGCUUGUCAAUGUUGCACAAUCAAUUGACUUUGAGGUUGAGUCUCAGAUUGACCUUGGAAUCAACCCCAAACUUUACUGUGGUAAAGGGAAGGUGGCAGCUGACACAUCAGACUGCUAUCUGAGCUUUCACAAGCUCCGUCUGCAUCUGCAGGGAGACAAAGAACCAAACUGGCUAAAGAAGCUCUUCACUGACUUCAUCACCUUCACUGUCAAACUGGUCGUCAAGGGACAGAUUUGUAAGGAGAUCAACAAGGUGGCAAAUAUACUGGCUGAAUUCAUACAAGACACAGCAGAGCAGUUCCUCAGUGAUGGAGAUAUCAGUGUAGAUAUCGGCGUGACUGCCAACCCUGUCAUCACUGCUAACUACAUAGAAUCCUACCACAAGGGGCUGACCAACUACAACAAGACUACUGCUGUCAUCAGUGACUCUGUUUUCCACCCCAGCCAGCUGACUGAACACAGGAUGCUGUACUUUUGGGUCUCAGACCAGGUCUUUAACCCCAUGAUGACUGCUGCCCACCAUGAUGGCCGCUUCAAACUCAACAUCUCUGGAGCAGAGCUUACUGAACUCUUCACGACAAAGCUUCACAGUGCCAUGCCUGAAUUGAUUAGAAAGUGUCUCUUGGAAUCCGGUUCUCCAGAGCUAAGAGUGUGGAGUUCAUCCAUUCCCUUUCUAAACACCUCCACACUGGGUACAACCGUCCGGGGGGACGUCUCUGGGGAGCUCUACUGUGGAAGUCAAGACACACCAACACUCUUCCUCCAAAUGUUCUUCUCCCUAGAUGUCACAGCUUCCUAUGCUGACAAGAAACUCUCCCUGCAGGGUAAACCAUCAGAGAUUCAUGUCCAAGCUGACCUGCCCUUAGAGAAUCUACCGCUUCUAGAUUCAGCACAACUGGAGUUCAUAAAAGAAGCUGUGGAGAAGAUAGGCAUGCCUAAGGUCCUGUCUGUUCUUGCGACUGAGCUGACCAGGUUGUUGGACAAACAGGGAACAAACUUAUUCGACAUCUCUAACCCAGAAGUGCUUCCUCGCGAUGGCUUUGUGAUCAUUCAGAUGGAUUUUGGUUUCCCUCAUCACCUCCUGGUUCAGUUCCUCAAGAGGACACUGGAGCAACAUGAAUCAGAUCCUUAGUGACUGUUGCCUAAAAUAUUUGCUCACGUAGGAAAUUCACCCUUCAGAGUUAUCUAGAUAAUGAAGAUGUGGACAAGCUUGUCACUGAUGAUCUCAUCUCCACUGGUGACUGUAAUACGUGCAUGACACCAUCUUUGGAAAAUGAUAAUACAUUUAGAGGUGCUGUGUUUUUAAAAAAAAAUGUGUAAUUCACCCUUUGUUUUCUUCAUCUUUAUUUAGUUGAAAAUUCCAUUAUUUUUUCUGUUUCAAGAAGGGUUGAAGGGGGUUUAAGUUAAAAUACCUGUCUGUACUCGUGGCUAAGGCAGGCAUGUUUUGUGUCAAUUAUUUUAAACACCAAUAUGAAUUGUGUAAAAUGUAAACCAGUUAUCAAAUAAAAUUCUAAGAAGCAUUUGGAAAUAGUCAA